UGUAUAAGCGUCUCCACUUUUCUCUGUGUCUAAAAAGCAACCCAAAACAAAGAACAAAGUGAAGAAAACUGGGCAUGGCAGCUGUUAUCAGUUGCACCAUACAAGUCUUGAUAUUCCCAACUCUUCUUCUUUUUCUUUUACUCUACUUAUCUCCAACUAUACAUCAGAACCAUUUCAUCACUCUCUUCUCUUUCAACAACGCACGAGGCCUGUUUCUCUCAGACUCCACAUCAACCACUAAGAAGAAACGUGGUGUUGAAGGAGUUGAAGAAGAUUUAGCUCAAGCACGGGCUGCGAUCAACGAAGCGAUUCGUAUGCGGAGACAUGGGAGAGAAGAUAGAUUCAUACCUAGGGGAUCCAUUUACAGAAACUCCUAUGCGUUUCAUCAGAGCCACAUAGAGAUGGUGAAGAGAUUCAAGGUGUGGACAUACAGGGAAGGAGAGCAGCCCUUGGUACAUGCAGGACCAUCCAAAGACAUCUAUGCCAUAGAAGGACAGUUCAUAGCAGAGAUGGAGAGCGAAACAAACCCUUUCAUGGCCUCCCACCCUGAUGAAGCCCAUGCAUUCUUCAUCCCCAUCAGUGUCGCCAACAUUGUUGACUUCGUUUACAUGCCCAUCACCAACUAUUCUCGUGAUCAGCUCCAAAAUGUGGUCAGUGACUACAUAACCGUUGUGGCUAACAAGUAUCCGUACUGGAACCGGAGCAACGGAGCUGACCAUUUCAUGGUUUCAUGUCAUGAUUGGGGGCCAGAUGUUUCAAGUGGCAACCCUCAAUUCUUCAAGAACUUCAUAAGAGUACUUUGCAAUGCCAACACCUCUGAAAGCUUCCAGCCUGGAAGAGAUGUACCAAUGCCUCAGUUCUAUGGACCUGCCCAUAGGCUUGCCUCACCAAAUUAUGGCCAGCCCCCAAACAACCGUCCGAUCCUCGCCUUCUUCGCUGGUGGGGCCCACGGCGAGAUACGAGAAAUGUUAUUGGAUCAUUGGAAAGGCAAGGACAAUGAAGUCAUUGUACAUGAGUACCUUCCCAAGGGACAAAACUACACCAAGUUAAUGGGUCAAAGCAAGUUUUGCUUGUGCCCUAGUGGUUUUGAAGUGGCAAGUCCUAGGGUUGUUGAGGCAAUUUAUGCCGGUUGCAUACCGGUAAUUAUUGCAAAUAAUUAUGUGUUACCAUUCAGUGAUGUUUUUGAUUGGAGUCGAUUUUCAGUAAGUGUUUCGGUGGAUAAGAUACCCGAAAUUAAGACCAUUUUGCAAGCAAUUCCUGAUUGGAAGUACUUAAAAAUGCAAAAGAGAGUGAGGGGAUUGCUACGGCAUUUUCUACUGGACCGACCGUCGCGGCCUUUCGAUGUAAUUCACAUGAUACUUCACUCAGUGUGGCUGAGGAGGCUUAAUUUCAAGUUGCCAACUUAGAAACUUUUUUUUUCUCAGUCCUUUUGUGCAAUUUUUUUGAU